GGCUGUUGUAAGACCUACGACUCAGAGGCAACUACUGUUGGAACACAAUCUCUCCGCGUCAGUAUCCUGUGUUGUUGGGCAGCCCGUCAGACCCGCUACACGUUACCUUGUUCGAUAAGCAUUAAGUCCAUUUCACAUCAAUCACGUUGUUUGUGAACGGCGGAUAGUUUGAAGAUGCAGAGUUUCAAGGUUUCCGUAGGCGAUUGCCGCCUGUCGCGCAGCGUGAGGGAAAUAGUCCCCGGCCGCUCGGGCCUUCUGCCGCUCCGUCGUCAGUCAUGUGUUUCACCGGGAUACAACUCUUGCGCAGCUGGACUGCGUCGCAAGCCGCUUGCCAUCCAUGCCAGCGCGGUUCAGGCCGCGCAAGCUGUGGGCGGUCUCAUCCACGUGUCAGACACCUGGAUCAUGGCGGGGUCCGCCGCCCUGGCGCUUUCCGUACCCGUUGCGUUGGGUGCCGUACGGCAGGGCAGGGUGCAGAACGUCAGCCCCUCGGACGCGCUGAUCCUGCUCAAGACCGACAGCAAUGUGAAGCUGGUGGAUGUGCGCUCCAAGCUGGAGGUGAAGAUCGAGGGUCUGCCGCUCAAGCAGGCGGCACGCAAGGCCCGCGUCAUCCACGCGCCCUUCAAUGAGCUCCGCAACGGCAAGCUGGUGCCCAACGCCUCCUUCCUUGACGACAUCCUCUUCGCCCCGGGGGUGAAUCCCAGCACCACCUUCAUCGUGCUCAGCUCGCGUGGUAGCGACACCUGCCGUCGCGCCGCCAAGGCCAUGGCCACCAUGGGCGACCAGCACGACAUCUACACCGUGGAGGGCGGCUUCAGGAAGUGGCAGGCCUCCGGCAUGGAGACCGAGUCUGCUGCGCUCAUGAGCCUCUCGGACAGCGAGGACGAGCUGGACGGCUCCGACGAGGACUACUACUACGGCGGCCUGACUGACAGCGCCACGGUGCAGGCGGUGGCGAAGCGCGGCGUGGAGGAGGUGCUGCUGGAGGGGCAGGACGGCAGCGCGCGGGGGCUGCUGGGGGCGCUCAUGCGGGUGCCCUUCAAGCCCAAGAUUGCAGAGGUGUUCAAGGGCUACUCCUCUGAGGAGCUGCGUCGUGAUGUGCUGGCGGGGGUGGUGGUGGGAGUCAUCGCACUGGCGCUGGGUAUGGCACUCGGCAUCGCCUCGGACAGCACGCCGGCUAUUGGUGUGUAUACGGUGGUGGUGGGCGGCUUCCUGGCCUCCGCGCUGUCCGGCUCGCGGGUCACCAUUGUGGGCCCCACCGCCGCCUUCAUCCCCAUUGUGGCGGGGGUGGCGCACGCGCACGGGGCCGCGGGGCUGGUGGCGUGCACGGGGAUUGCGGGGCUGAUGCUGAUCGCCAUGGGGGCGACUGGGCUGGGCGGCGUCAUCCGCUAUGUGCCCAAGCCCGUCGUGACGGGCUUCACUGCCGGCAUUGCCACCUACAUCUUUGGCACUCAGAUCAAGGAUUUCCUGGGUCUGGGUGCCCCGGGUCGGCUGCCCGAGGGCGUCCCCAUCCCCACCGAGUUCCUGGAGAAGGUGGUCUACCUAGGCAGCCACCUGGACGCCACGCACGUGCCCUCCUUCGCCAUGGCGCUGGGCUGUCUGGGCCUCAUCAAGGCGUGGCCCAAGGAGUGGGCAAAGGUCCUGCCCACGCCCAUCGUGGCCAUCGCGGCGGGCACCAUGGGUCUGCAGGCGCUGCAUGCCCUGCAGCCGGGAGUGGACCUGGGCAUCGAGACCAUUGGCACGCACUUUGGCGCCGGGGCUAUUCCCCGCUCGCUGCCCUCCCUGCAGUGGCCCGAGGGCCUCAGCGCCUCUGACAUCCCGGGUCUGCUGUACCCCGCCGCCACCAUCGCCAUGCUGGCAGCCAUCGAGUCGCUGCUGUGCGCGCGUGUGGCGGACACCAUGAUUGAGGACAAGCACGACUCCAACACCGAGCUCAUCUCGCAGGGUGUCGCCAACAUCGCCUGCGCCGCCUUCGGCUGCCUGCCCGCCACCGGCGCCCUGGCCCGCACCGCCGCCAACGUCCGCGCCGGCGGGCGCACCCCGGUGUCGGGGCUGGUGCACGCGGUCACGGUGGCGCUGGUCAUCCUGACUGCCGCGCCGCUGGCCGAGUACAUCCCGCUGCCGGCGCUGAGUGCGGUGCUGGUGGUGGUGGCGCUCAACAUGGGCGAGUGGCACAACUUCGAGCAGCUGCCCAAGUGGCCUCAGAACGACGCGCACCUCUUCCUGAUCGCCUUCAGCCUCACCGUGCUGCAGGAUGUCGCCGUGGCGGUGGCGUUCGGUAUGGUCAUUGCGCUCGCCGUGUUCGUGCAGGACGUCUCCUCCACCAUGUACGUCCGCGCGCUGCCGCCCCGCUCCGUCAUCACACCCCCCGACUACGACCCCAGCGCCGGACUGCUGGACGGCGCUGAUGGCGCGGCUCCGGAGCCCUACCGUCUGAGGGACCCUCGCGCGCUGGCUGCCGCCGCCCUCGCCGCCGCCAGCCCGGCCGCCACCGCAGCAUCUGAGGCUGACGAGGAGCAGGAGCAGGUGGAGGGCCCGUCGGCAGCAGUGGGCGUUGCGGCGGCGGCGGCGGUGUCGGCCGUGUCCUCCAGUGCCGGCGCCGGGGUGGGGCUGCUGGGGGGCAGCUCGCUGCGCUGUGUGGUGCCGCCGGAGACGACCUACGUGGAGGUGACGGGCUCGCUGCUGUUCGGUGCGGGCGAGAUGCUGGAGCGCGCAGUGGAGGGCGCAACCGUGCAGGAGGCGGUGCAGGUGCUUGUCCUCAACAUGAGCCACGUGAGUGUGGUUGACGUGAGCGGUCUUGAGCUGCUGGAGGAGGCGCACCGCAGCCUGCACAAGGCGGGCAAGACGCUGGUGCUGUGCGGCCUCACGCGCCAGCCGCUGCGCAUGAUGGCGCGCGCGGGCUUCCUGGACGUGGCGGGCCGUGAGAACGUGUGUCGCAACGUGGAGUCCGCCCUGAACCGCGCCAUCGCCAUUACUGCCGAGAAGCGGGCUGCCAGCAACGGUAACGACCACAGCAGCAACGGUAACGGUAACGGUCACUCGGCCGCCGCCUCAUACGCCACGUACAACGGCAACGGCACUAACGGAAACGGUAACGGUCACACCGCUGCGGACGGCGCCGGUGAGCGCCCGGCAGUGGGCGCCGGCAGCAUGGAGUGAUGGGCAGUAGUGCUGAGCAGGGCUGUAGGUGGCUUCCGGCUACAGCCUUGCUACGCCAAGAGGGCACGCAGGGGGGCCUUGUUGAAGGAAAUAUGUGAUACAUUUGGGUGGGGAAGGGGCCAUGGAUCAGCUUACAACGUGUGUUGCCGGUAUCUCAUCUAGGGCGGAUGUGUGGGCAGCGCGCUUCGUGCGGUAUUACUUCGUGACUCUUAAAAGCAUUUGAGCAUUUAUGUUGCGUGCGACACACCAUGGUUUAUGAUGCGUCCGACGGUGUAAGGGGUUAUUGCGGAGGUGAUGGCGGGCUUGCCGUACCGUGACGUUCAUUUUUGUGCGUGAUUGUGAAAUCGAACUAGCCGUAAUGAUCUGGGUUUGGGGAAAGUUAAGUCUAGGGUCCAUGGCUGGGUGGGAACAUCAUUGGCAUAGGAAUGGGGCAUGGGUGACACAUCCCAGCGCAGCCCCUGCGCUCGCGCUUAGCCUGCGGCAUCACAUCCUUUCAAGGUGCAUGUUGUCGUGCUGGCAUUCGCUGUUUCACACGCAUACCGUGUGUCUGGUGAUCACCUUUCAUGCCCUGCAAGUCGAAAGAGCACCCUUUGCCGAAGCUGUUUUGCAACAGAGAGAAGACAUUUUGACAAUUGUGUGGUGUUUUGGAAGGUUUCGUUUUGAAAGUAUGCAUUUAGUGUUAGGGGUUAAGUACUAGUGGUGUGAGUUUAGAGAGGAUUCAAGUACCGGUAAACGAUCGAUUGCAUGUAGGCGUCUCCGUUGCGUGCGUGCAUGCUUCCAUUGCGUAUGCGACAUCCCAGGUUUGGCGUGCCACCAAUUUCAGUAUGGGCGGUGUGGGCGGAAUCCCUCCCCAAUCCUGUUGGUUUCUACCACCCGCGACGCCAUUCAUUGGUGGCCACCUGUGAUGCCUUCUCGUUUGCCGCAUGUUGAUGAAAACUGUGAUCCUUACCCCGCGUCUGUGCCCGAACUGCCUCUAGCUGAGAUGCCCACACGUUGAUGCCAUGUCCUUGCCCUCACCCCUUCUUUGAUGAACUUUGUUUCGUUGGCCGGCCUGCCCUUGCGUGCCUUGCCCUGGGUCAAAACCUGGUGUGAUUGCGGGCACGCGUCUCCCCGAGCUGGGAACCGCGCAGUCCCUCGAUUGCAAACAACUGAUGGAGGUGCCGUAUGAGUGAGAUGUUGUCUGUCGUAUAAUGUGCUUGUCUUCUGACGAAUGAAAACUUAUUUGUCUCGUACGCUGUCGUACGGUUGUUUAUUCUUCCGGAGAAUACGUGGAGGAUGUGCCAGAAUGCACCAACAGCGGCAUCACUGAACCUGGCGGGGUUCAUGUUCUUGUUAGGGUGCGGGGCGUGUGUUACUCGGGUCGCGUCUGAAUGCGUCGCGCUAACGUGGCGUGAUUACGUGUGGUGGUCCUACUUACACCUGUCUCUCUCACAGCAAGAGUGAACAAGGUUACGGGUUAGUCCGCAUCCCGGUCUGCUGCAUGCGUCGUACAUGCGUGCAGGUUGCGUAUACCACAUGUGGAGUCGUUUGUUUCUUGCUUACAAUGCGCCAAUAAGACAGGCAGUAGGCCUGCAAGGCAAAAUACUGUAAAAGGCCUCCGUUGA